AAUACCAACCGUCUCUGUCUCGCUACCAUCAGGAUCAACAACAAAAGCUAUAAUGGACCCUAAUAUGGUCAAUGCAGGAGACAUGAAUGGUUCUGGCAACCUGAUGGAUUUUCUGGAUGAGCCUUUCCCCGACGUUGGGACUUACGAAGAUUUCCACACCAUCGACUGGCUGCGGGAGAAAUCACGCGACACUGACCGCCAUAGAAAGAUUACAAGUAAAAGUAAGGAAUCCAUAUGGGAGUUCAUCAAGAGCUUGCUGGAUGCCUGGUCAGGAUGGGUUGUAAUGCUUCUCAUAGGAUUACUGGCAGGCACAUUAGCCGGAGUGAUAGAUUUAGCUGUGGAUUGGAUGACAGACCUGAAAGAGGGUGUCUGCCUGUCUGCCUUCUGGUACAGCCACGAGCAGUGCUGCUGGACGUCUAAUGAAACUACAUUUGAUGACAGGGACAAAUGUCCCCAGUGGCAGAAAUGGUCUGAACUUCUUGUAAGCCAGUCUGAGGGUGCAAGUGCUUACAUUCUAAACUAUUUUCUAUACAUUAUGUGGGCUCUAUGUUUUGCUUUCCUGGCAGUCUCCCUGGUCAGAGUGUUUGCUCCCUAUGCCUGUGGCUCUGGAAUCCCAGAGAUAAAAACCAUCUUGAGUGGGUUCAUUAUUAGGGGCUACCUGGGAAAGUGGACACUCUUAAUCAAAACAGUCACCUUGGUUCUGGUGGUAUCUUCAGGCCUCAGCCUUGGGAAAGAGGGGCCGUUAGUCCACGUGGCCUGUUGCUGCGGAAACUUCUUCAGCAGCCUUUUCUCAAAGUACAGCAAGAAUGAAGGAAAGAGGAGAGAGGUGCUCUCGGCUGCAGCUGCCGCAGGAGUUUCUGUUGCCUUUGGGGCUCCGAUUGGAGGCGUGCUUUUUAGUCUGGAAGAGGUCAGCUACUACUUUCCUCUGAAAACCCUCUGGAGGUCAUUUUUUGCUGCUCUUGUGGCUGCCUUCACACUGAGGUCCAUCAAUCCUUUUGGAAACAGCCGGCUGGUCCUGUUCUACGUGGAGUACCACACCCCCUGGUACAUGGCCGAGCUCUUCCCCUUCAUCCUGCUUGGCGUCUUCGGUGGCCUCUGGGGAACCCUCUUUAUCCGAUGCAACAUCGCCUGGUGCAGGAGGCGAAAAACCACCAGACUCGGGAAAUACCCAGUCCUGGAGGUUAUAGUGAUAACGGCUAUCACCGCCAUCAUCGCCUACCCCAACCCCUACACCCGGAGGAGCACCAGUGAGCUGAUCUCAGAGCUCUUCAACGACUGCGGUGCCCUGGAGUCCUCGCAGCUCUGCGACUAUAUCAAUGACCCAAACAUGACCCGCCCGGUGGAUGACAUUCCCGACAGACCUGCCGGCCCUGGAGUCUACACCGCCAUGUGGCAGCUCGCCUUGGCUUUGGUGUUUAAAAUUGUCAUCACGAUAUUCACUUUUGGCAUGAAGAUCCCCUCAGGUCUUUUCAUUCCCAGCAUGGCUGUUGGAGCCAUGGCUGGCAGGAUGGUUGGGAUCGGAGUAGAGCAACUGGCAUAUCACCAUCAUGACUGGAUCAUCUUCAGGAACUGGUGCAGACCUGGAGCAGACUGUGUCACACCAGGACUUUAUGCUAUGGUGGGAGCGGCAGCUUGCUUGGGUGGCGUUACCCGAAUGACGGUCUCUCUGGUGGUGAUUAUGUUUGAGCUAACUGGAGGCCUGGAGUACAUCGUACCUCUUAUGGCUGCAGCUGUCACAAGCAAGUGGGUGGCAGAUGCCUUUGGGAAAGAAGGGAUCUAUGAAGCUCACAUUCAUCUGAACGGCUACCCAUUUCUGGAUGUGAAGGAUGAAUUCACCCACCGAACCCUGGCAACUGAUGUCAUGAGACCAAGGCGUGGUGAAGCUCCUCUCUCUGUUCUGACACAGGACAGCAUGACGGUGGAGGAUGUUGAGACAUUAAUCAAGGAGACUGACUACAAUGGCUUUCCAGUAGUGGUUUCGAAAGACUCGGAGAGACUUAUUGGAUUUGCACAGAGACGAGAGCUGAUUCUUGCAAUAAAGAAUGCAAGACAGCGUCAGGAUGGGGUGGUGAGCAACUCCAUCGUCUAUUUCACUGAAGACCCCCCAGAACUGCCACCCAACAGUCCCCAUCCACUGAAGCUGCGGCGUAUUCUCAACCUGAGCCCUUUCACUGUCACUGACCACACGCCAAUGGAGACUGUGGUAGAUAUUUUCCGGAAACUCGGACUCCGGCAGUGUCUUGUCACUCGCAGUGGGAGGCUGCUGGGUAUCAUAACUAAAAAGGAUGUAUUAAGACAUAUGGCUCAAAUGGCAAACCAGGACCCUGAAUCUAUCAUGUUUAACUAGACUGGUAAAGGAAGAAGAAAGUAACCCCAAAGGAAUCCCUUCUAGAUUAACACAAAGGCUAUGUUUGGUGUUUCAUUUUGUUUAAAGGGAAAAAGUAAUGUGUGUAAGGAAUGGCCCAAUAUGCCUCUGACAGAAGGAGUGGGUGCAGGAUGGCACUUAUUUAAUGAGGAAGGCAGUUUAGAAGCUCCGAGCAGCUGCAGACAGCAAGCUGUGUUUCCUUAGUAAGAUUCCCAACAGCUCAGCUGGAGCGUUGGUGGGUGUAAGUGAUGUAGUGCUUAGGGACAGAGCCAGGAGAGCCGGUGGGAUGCAUCAACGUUCACAGUAACUCUCGAGGCAGGUGUGAAGACUAGCAGACACUGUUUAUGUAUAAGCUGUUAACAGAUGUAAAGAUUUGUGUUCCAAACUAGAGCGUGUGUAUGAGUAAUGUCAGUUGGUUUUGUUACUGAAAGAAUGGCUAUUUGCUACUGAAUUAUACCAUUUUCAUGAGAGAAAAAAAUCGUCAUAUUUUAAAAUGAAAGAUUUUGUCAUCUUCAUUUAUUUUUGUAAAAGCUAAGUGAAUCAGGACUGGAGUUAAAGGAGCAAGAACACACUUCAACUCACUUCAAAACGUAGUGUCCUCUGCUCCCUGCUUUAGUCCUUUGACAGAAAUGCUAGACUGUAUAAAAUUCAAUCAGCUUCCCUUUAUUAAUGUUGAAAUGUGACUUAUUUGUAAGGAUUUAUUAUUUCUCUAUGCAAUUUUGCAUACAGGUACUGUAAUAUUUAGUAUUAUGUGGUUUGAUGUGACAACGGGAAAAAGCAUUAAAGCCUGUGGAGGAAUUUUCAAAGGCACUAAAGGGAGACUGGUAUCCAGCUCUCAUCAAUGUUGGUGACAAGAGAUUGAAUCCCUCACCUGUCUCCCCUUGUGUACAUCAUCAUUUUUCACAAACUAAUGAAGUUCUGCAUUGAUUCCUGAUUCUCCAUUUAGUUCGUCAUUGCUAUUUCUUGGCAUUUGUCUGCACCUGCCAAGAGAUUGCUGAAGUUAAUUUAACAGUCACAGACAUUUAUUCUAUAGCAGAUCUACUCUAUGCAUCUGCCAGUCAUAGGACUGUGGAAUCCAUCUCCACAACACCGUGGCUGGAUACGAUCAAAGGGACUGAGAAUGCAAACAACAAUAGCAAAGCUUUAAUUAUUGACCUGUCUGCAGCAAGAACACAAGAUUUAACAGCCCCCGGCAGGGACCUCCAAGUCACUCAGGUAAAAAUGCUAAAUUUUCCUAAACCCUUGUUCUGGUCCUAUGUGAGAUGCACAGAGUCAACAUUGUCUGUGUUAAUAUACAAGCACUUUACUGCUAUCAGUAACAGAAGACCAAAUUCUACUCUCAGUAACACAUAAUCCACACUGCCCAGGGUUUGCUUUAUAACUAUAAGCUUAAAGCUUGGAGAGAGGUUGCAUCCUAACUUAGAUGCCCUGAAUCCCCUUCAGACCUUCUGAGAGUCUGGACCUUUCAUUGAGGCAUCUAAGACCUUUGGUAUUUUUGUUCAAAUUCAUACAGAUACCGGUAGCUCAAGUGCAUUGCAUCCAGAUGGUCUUCAUGGACAGAGAUGAGGGGAGUCCUUUCAUGCCAGAAGAGCCUGUUGCUUACUCCAGACAAAAGCCAGGCUGUUGAUCCAACAUGUAGGCAAUGUGCAUGAUUAUUGUGUCCCUGAACUGAGACAACUAGCCAGGUGCACCCUAGGUUAGAUGCCCAAAGUUACAUGUCACAAAUUCCUCCUCUUAUCUCCAGUGACCCUGCUUCCUUCUGGCAUGUGUCCCACUGCGUUCACACAAAGUAUGGCCCAAAUUGUUUAAGUAAAAGAAACGGAAGUAAAGGGAUAAUUUUAAUCUGCUAAGUACUCCAUUUAACAAUAGUGUUUGCAACAGACUGACAUAAAUAUACGUAGUUGUGGCCAAAGCCCAUAAAUAUUUCAGUGUAUACUUUUUGUUAACUGAACAUCUGCAGUACAAUGUAUUAUUAAAGGGAUAUUGUUAAAACUAUGUAAACUACAGAACUGAGCAACCCUUUCCUUCUGAGAAUAGGAAAUACAACAUAAUACUGUUGUUUCUUGUGUUUUUCUAUGAAGCUAUCAUCAGCCAAACUCAUAAAAAACCAACCAAGUCAACAACCAAGCUCAUAAACAUUGGAUUCCCUCAUUUGAACAGAGAUGCCAUCACAAAAUCAGUGCAUUCCCACAACUAAACCCAAAAGGGGCUUAGUACGAAUGUCAGUUCCUACCCAAAAUUAGAAUCUAAGGGAUUUGGAGUAAGAUAAAUAGGCUGACUUUUGAGGGCAAUCUUGUUCUGAAAUUAAAACUGAAGGACUGUGUUCUACUUUUCACUUUUAUAGCGCUUAAUGUUAAUACAUACAUGUUUGAUGAACACUUUCUCCAUCUUCCUUUAUGUUUACGUAGGAAACAAGUGUGCAUACUCUCCCCACUUGAACACUAAAAUACCUCUUUCGCUCAUAAACCAAGAGAAAUAAAUUGAGAAGUGAAUUUAUCUGCUAUUUGAAAUCAAACUCAAGGCUUCACGUAUGUCAGGGAAAAGGAGAGAUCUAAAGCCUUCUCUGUUAGCCAAGGAAAUUUCAGUCCAUGCUGCAUUAGUACGUAAGUCCAUGGCAGAGCUAACUCUGAAGAACACUGAUAGUACUGAGGGCAAUGUUUGCUAACAGGAACCAGGAUGGUAUAUCAACACUGAAAAAAUUGUCAUUUCCUGAGACAAAGACACGGAGUCACCUAACUGAGAUUAAACUGACCAUGAAUACAAACUCAUUUGGGUAUUGACUUGGGUUAUCAUCUUAAACUCAGUCCGUGGCUAUGCAUAGGCAUAAACUUUUGUGGCUAAUUCCCAUUAAUAUCCAGAGGCCUGAUCUACUAAAACCAACAGUCAGCCCUAUUACAGCUUGUCACCUCGUCUUAUUAGACUGCAUAUGAGGAGCCCUCAGGGCUUAAGAACAGGAUCCAUAAAACCAACAUGGUGGUUUGUAAGAAACAACAACAGAAGGAAUUGAGAUGCAUGCACUUACUGCGGGUGCAGUUUGACCCUGGGACUACCCCCCAGGCAGAAGGCAGGUAAAUGGGAGUCCAGCUCUUUCCUAUCAAACACGUUCCUCUUUAGAUGGAAUGGUUUAAAUAUCUAAGGGGUCAAGGAAAAAAGCUUUGGAUGUGUAACUCUACGUGGGUGGUUAGACUGCUGCUCCUUGUUCAAAAUAUGUUAAACCCCCUUAGAGCAGGGACCGGUAUCUAGCUCUCCAGAAAUGACAUAGCCAUAGCUAGCUUCAGCUGCUUGGCAUUACCAAGGCUGAGGUGAUGCUAGAAUGACAAGAAGGGUUUUGAAACUGGACAGACUUUGCUAAUUAGAAAACUUAGCACUUCAGACACUUCCAGAGACGGUAAUUGGCUGUCUUUCUGUUGAACUUCCUCCAUGCUACUGUCUUGAUUGCUCUUUUAGCUUGACUGGCUGAAUGGGGAACGCUCUUAAUAUAAAUUAAUAACAUGCUUUUCUCAAAAAAUGCAGUUCUGAUGUAAUGUUUUAAUGUAUUUCCCCAUAACAAGCCCAUUAUCUGUCACUGUCUUCCAUCUGUAUUCCCAAAUAUGUCUCAGAAGUUACUGAAUAGACUCCAAGAGGCAUAGAUCUCAGCCUUAAGUAUUUAUUUCAAUUUUUAGAGCUCAAGAUAGUCACGUAGCCUGAUCAAUCUGAGAGUUACAUAAGUACUUUAGUAUACAGUGCUCACUUUAUGCAACCUCAGUUCAAUCCUCGUGUUCAAGCAGUUGGACUUUGAAGAUGUCAAACUAAACAUGACAACAAAACUCUUUAAAUGAUGCAAGUUCAGUAUUGUACCUUUGUUUUGCAUGAACUGUGUUACAGUUACAUUCAGCUUCCAAUGUGUACUUGAAGCAAUCUGUACCAGAAAGUUUAUUAUUAAAGUACAGAACAUGGAUGACAUUAGCCAGACCCUUUGGCUGUCACAGUGAUACUAAUUAUUAAUUCUUAUGCUUUGAUGAAGCAGGGAAAGAAUGUUUAAGGAUUACAGGAGACCCACUGAUUCCGUGUUGGAAUGACACUAUAAUUAUGAAUAUUGUUUUGCUUUGGUUUUGGGUUUUUUAAUUGUAGAAAAAAACAUGUAUGUUGCACCUUAUCAAAAACAAUGUUUGGACUCUAUUUUUUAAAUAAAACUGACUUACAGUA